UGCAGAAUGAUCCCCAAAACACAUGCGCUUGUUUCUUGUUAUCAUUGUUCCACCACGUAUGAUACAUUGACAACUCGCGCCAGAAGGAGAUGAUGUAGAAGAGGGGCAAGGAAAAUUUCUUCUUACAGGCUACUCAGUCAUCUUCGUCACAUACCAGCGCCCUGACCCUACCUUCGGAUCCUAGUGCUCUAUCAACUCAGCUCUUUUUCAAUUGGAAUGCAUCGUCACAUUACACGAUGAUACGCCUUCCAACUACCUGCACCCUUACGCGGGAGCGAGAGCAGGACUCAAAGCGACUCUGUGGCUCUGAACAACAACCUGAACGUCGGGGCAUGGCGGGCUAUACGCAUCAGGGAAGUAGAUAUUAGACGCCAGCCGAAAGCACACUGCUUCCGCCCGCGACCCAUCCUUCUACGGCCCCCCACAUGUCGAUAGAUUAUCUUGGAUUGAUCAAAGAACUCUUGAGUAGAUGGACAAACAACCGGCGCACCUCUCGCAGGGUUAAGGGUGCAAGGAACCGAGCCACAACAGAUUUCAACACGGCGCAGCUAGGACCUUGUUCCAAAGUAGAUGGCCGCCUGGCGAGAAGCAAUCGUCAACUUCGUCGUACGACAGUCGAUGCUGAGCAGAAUCAAGUCUAGUUCCAUCUUGAUGCUCCUGUGGUCGUUCACAUCGAUCUCAAGAAGUCAGAACGGCAGUAUAGUUGUCUUCGAUGGCGUCAGCGUUGGACCAUCGGUGGCCCAGGUUGGCUGUCCUUCUCCAUCAGCAUGCACCGUGAGCUGUGUUCCUGCAUCCUCAUCGUGCUCGGUGACGGGCAAGACAAGAAGGCAGUGGCGUAUGGUGAGAUCUUCGCCGCGUCUUGUCUGUUGGUUGCCACCAUUGCAACGGUGUGUCGUUGAACAUGGCGCCGGCGACAUCGGUUUGGCUUGAUCAUGCGCUUAAUGUACGUGCUGACCUCCCGGCUCGCAACCAUGACCUAUUCAGAGCGAUUGCGAAGCCACGUUGGCCACGGAUGCCGCAAACGGGCAGUAAAGACUCCCGAUAGUGCCGAGAGCAUACGUACUACAAUUCUUGGCCUCAACGCUGGCAUAGGGCCGUAUGACCAACAUUGUGAGAGCAUUCCCCUUAAGCUCUUGGUGGUUGUCGGGGAUAAGCACAUCUCCUUGUGCGGGCACUUUGAGAAAUCCUUGAACCUUAGCUACCCUAGGUCAGCUCCUUGACUUCAGUUCUUCUGCCACUGAACCCAUGCCCAGGCGUAGACAGCCCAGUAUCGUUUUUGUGUCGUCCUUAUGCAUCUCAACGCCGGAUAAGAAGUAAGGGAAACAUUCACAACCCUCAGGCUGAGGUAUUUUCCAACACCUGCCCGCCCGUAUUCCCUCCUGCCAUCCAGAUGUCGACUGGCUCAAUCAGAUGUUCGGAUACUGAGGCACCUUAUUGCCUUUGGCGAUCUUUGCACCCUGGGCAGUAAAUACCUUGUGAUACCCUACACCGGGAAGUACCUUUGGGUAACACCACGCUGCCAGGCGAAUUGAUACAUCACAUCUCGCCCGUUGGGUGGCAAUCUUUCCGGUGUAAGGUCACGUGCUUCUUCGUCCAGACAAAUUCCCGUGGAAUCAGGGAAAGAACGGGGCACCGGGGGCCUGCCUUCCGGCGGGACCCACACCCCGUGCGCGGGCACCCGUGAUUGUCAUGGCUCCACCCCGGCCGCCCCAAACACCCACCGUCUUCCACUCCUCAACUUCACCUUCAAGAAGAGAAAGGCGGCUCUCGUUUGUGAACUUCAUCUCCCUGCAAUCGACUACCCCUCGUCGCGCCCAACCUGACGUCAUCAAUUCGCAUAGUAUCAUUUCGUACCAUCAAGGUCAAGCGGCACCAACCACCAACCCUAUUCAUUGGCGCAAACGGGCACCCUCCUGAGUGCUGAGUCACCUCUUCAACCUUUCUCCGAACACGCCGCGGAUACGGAUACCUACCUCACCUAAGAUUUUUCAAGUACCUUUCCUUCAUUCAGUUGUCGUCACUCACACUCUGACAUUUUGCAGUUCGCUUUUCAUCUCCCAUCUCAUGAGAUUGCCUCGUCAAAUCCGAGUCUUAGACAAGGGAGCGAUCCACUUUGCGACACCGACCCAGCCCCCGCCUACCACGACAUCAAGGUUCUGCGAUUGCACACAUCGCCAUUCAGGUCGAAGCAUCUUCCCUCAUUGCCAAAUCACCUCUGCAAGCGCCAUCCAUUUCAAACGCACACGCAGACAUGGAGAUUCCGCGGAAACCGGCCUCGUCGAAAGAGACCUACCAGUUUCCCUGUGUAAAGCGAUGCCAAUCCCGCACACCUACAACGCAUGGUAUCCCGCUCACGCCUCCUCGAGACUCCAACUCUGAUGUCCGGCAAUUGAACGUGAAGGAAGAGGCAGACAUCCAGCACCCCAGCACCUGGUCAGAGCUGCCGGAAAACAUCGUACGCCAAAUUGUCGUGGCUGUCUUGGAGAACUACGGAGAUGAGGUAGCUUAUGGGUACGAUGCCGCAGAAGAGCAGUGGCAGCCUGUCGAAUCAGCAAAAUUUGAGCGGUUUGCCGUUUGGAGAGACAUUGCCCACAUGGCUCGGACCUGCAAACGAUUUUCGGAGCUCAUCACGCCCGUCCUGUUCGACUACGACAUCGCAAAGAACUACGCCUCUUCCCUGCUGCUGUCUGCCAAAAAAGGAAACUACUUUGGGAUAGCCAAGUCUUUGAGAUACGGUGCCGAUGCAAAUAUGAAGGACCACACAGAGUUCACUAUCGAUCAUACACCCUACGAAGAGACUUAUCAGCAGACCUCGCGAUGCUCACUCGAGACGGACCUGACAGCUCUUCACUGGGCAGCAUUCAAUCGAGACGAAAUGUCAUUAGCGUUGCUUCUACAGCAUGGCGCUGAUGUUGGCCUAAGGACAGAUAUUUGGGCACACCAUCCUGGCACCACAAUUGGUGACAAGUUCGCUUGUCAGGCAUACAAUCUCGCCUAUCUCAGCUUUGCACCAACGCUGAGGGCGAUGCCGAGCUCUGAAUACUCCGUGGGUGUGCUAUCAGAACGCCUCAGACUGGGAGCGAACGCGCUAUACUUUGCCUUUGCCUUCGCAGCCGAUGAUCAAGAAGGAUCCUACACACGCACGGUUACAUCUGUGCCCGUUCGGGCGGUGAUGGAUCUGCUCAUCGCAGCCGGUGCAUCUCUCACGACACACGAAAGCACUCAGCUCAAUGCGCUGCAUCAAGCAUGCGCCAACUGGGACGCUGCGGCUGUUUCGAUUCUUCUGAGAACGUACAAGGUGGACCCGAAUGUUCGAGACGCCUUUGGGAACACACCUCUUCACCACCUUGCGGCAAGCCGUCUUCAAGAUCGCCGUGACCCUGAACUCGUCAUCGAGGUUCUCAUCGAUCACGGUGCGGAUCUUAGGGCCUUGAAUGCUAGCGGCAUGACGCCAAUAGAUCUGGCAAAGAAAUACCGUCAAAAUGAGAGCGUGAUUGCAACCAUGCGACACGCAAGUGCCAAGCCGCUGCCAGAAUCCGUACACGGACACCUACGUACGGCAGGAGCCAUCGCUGGAAUCCUUCAGCGGGAUUCUGGUUUAGCCGUUCCCGCUAUGAAUCUUGAAGCUUUUCAUGGCGAUGAAAUAGAGGACGCAGUUUGCAAUGUCAGCUGGGCAAGAAAGAGGGAGGAGUCGAUUAAUAAAUGGCUUCAUCUUCUGUACAUAGCCUGGUUGUAUGAGGAAGAUGAUGAAGAGGAGUUCGAUAUCAAUAUUUUGGCGCGCGACUCGGAGGGAUGGACGCCCGAUGAAUGGAGGACGUACUGGGCACACUGUUGACGUUGUCGUUUUUGGGAACACUUUUCCAUACAGCUUCCAGCAUCAUACCUUAGACUAGACUCCAGAUGCAAUUGACUCUAUUCAAUAAGGCCAUAAUUCGGUCCA